AUGCUCGCCGGAGCUAAACGCGGUGCACGAUUGUCGGGAUCGGCAACCCUUGCGGGGCGGGUGGUGGAGCGACAGAAAGAAUUGGGGACCAAGAAUCAGGCAUUCGAUGACAGCGACUGUACGGAGUUCUUGGACUCUCGGUAUACAGAGAGUACAUUGUGGUCAAUUGUGGUAUCUGAAAUGAAGCGUAAUGCUGGUGGGGAGAAGAGGAAGUAG